AUGACCGCCGUCAAAGUCGCCAUUGACCCGCUCUGGCAAUGUCUAUGUCCUUCAUGGACGCCAGCAUCACUUGUUUCCGCUGCGCGGUUCCUGCAACGGACGCAGCGCCCGAUUCGACAGCGGCAAUUUUUGCGAUUCUCCACGUCUACAAGGCAAUCCGAAGCCAUCGCUGAAGUACGAUACGAUGCCUCAGCUCAAUACCUUGGCAAACAUAUCUUUGAUCAUCUAGGAACACACAAACGGGCUCGCGGUUUUAGGAAAAGAUAUAGGCCGGUGCCUCCAGAACUGGAGCAAGACGAAACCGAUUUUAUAUACGGCCGACUUCGAGCUGCAGCUGCACAGGGGCAUGCGAAGCAAUGCCGAUACAUCGCUGAAUACCUGGUGAAAGAGCGCGGUGAGAAGCCGAAUGUGCAAAUCUACAAUGCGCUGAUUGCGGCAAAUGUCCAUCACGAGGAUGGCGCUGCGUGGCGCGUAUCAGAGCUAUUGGAGGAGAUGAGAGCUGAUGGUUUGCAGCCGGAUGUGGGUACUUGUCAUGCUGUACUGAAGGUCUUGAGUAUACAUCUGGACCAUCUUUUGAGGUCAGAUAUUCUGGAAUAUAUGGGAAAGAAGUGGUAUCAGCUCAGCGAAGAUGGCGCACACGACGUGGUUGCUGGGCUAUUCAGAGAAGCACUGUUUGAGCAAGGCCUCCUCAGACUGGACAAGAUGAGACAGGAUGAGCUGCACGUGGAACCGUGGCUGUACGAUAUGGCUGUCUUCAUGCUGUGCGAAGCAGGUGAGGUAGAGGAGGCAUACCGAAUAAUGCGCAUGCGCUACGACACCGGAGAGCGCAAUUUGAGGAGGAACGUAUGGAGUUUCUUGCUUGAUAAAGCCAGCGAAUAUCGACAUCACGAUGCGACAUCAUUUGUCUGGACGAGCCAGGUCAAUACGGAAUACCUCAACCCCUCUUCUGGAGUUUGUUUGAACGUAUUGGCAACCGCAGCCCAAGUGGGAGACGCUGCGAUGGGGACGGAAGUGUUCGCGCACCUCAGCAAGAGAGGGACCGCAUACAAGCCGAUUCAUUUCGAGCUUCUCAUACAAGCAUACCUUUCUGCGAAACCUCCCGAUACCAACCGAGCUAUGAGCAUUCUCACAAUCAUGCCCAUGGAGAAGCUGGAGCCGACCGUUGCACAGACACGAGCUUUGUUCCUGUAUCUGCGAGACAAGCCCGAUCUAGUAAAAGACGCACUACUAACAUUGCGAGAGCUGCACCAGCAAGGUCGCAAGAUCUCAAUAGCAAUUCUGAACCUCCUCAUCGAAUGCUAUGUUGAGCAGAAGAAUCUUGAUGAAGCCAUGAAAGUCUACAAGCUCAUACACACUUUCGCGCCGAUGGCCCAAGGGGCCCAAAAGUCUUUUGCCAACGUCGAGACUUUCAAUCUACUCCUGAAGGGCUGUCGAGUCUCCACUCCAGCAGAUGCCCAACGCGCGUCAUUCCUGGUUUCAGAGCUCCUCGCACUUCGAGUCAUUCCUACCUCGAUCACCUAUGAUCGCCUGAUCCUUGUCUUUAUGGAAGCAGGCAGGACGGCUCUACGGAAGGCAAAAGAAUCCUCGGAUCCUACCUACACCAAACAGCAGUACGAUAUAGGCCAUCAAAUGCUGGAAUGGGCUUUCCGACACUUCACGGAUAUGCAGCCCCUGGGAUGGAUGCCGAGAUUCGGGACUUUAGAGGAUCUUGCCGUUGCCUUAGCGAACGCCGGUGACGAUCGAUGCUGGGAUGUCCUUCAAGUCGCGGAAGACGAAAGAAAUAAAGUCGAAGGCUUUGAGCAGAGGGCUAAAUGGGCGAGGAGGAACGUUGAACAGGCUUGGGAGAAGUAUUUGAAUGAGAAGGAAGAAGCGAAGCAAGAACAGCUCGAGGGCCUCGCUCAGAGCUCGUCUGAAUGAAUAUCUCUCACAGCUUACUUGUG